CAGCCCUGAAGAUGUUGGAUGUUGGAAAAUGGCCAAUUUUUGCUCUCUGCUCUCAAGAAGAACUGAAGUUAAUUCGUCAAGCCUGUGUAUUUGGUAGUGCUGGUAAUGAAGUGUUGUAUGCAACUGAAAAUGAUGAGGUGUUUGUGCUUGGCACCAACUGCAGUGGCUGUUUGGGAACAGGCGACAUUCAGAGCACUAUUGAACCACAGAGAUUAGAUACUUUAUGUGGCAAAAAGAUAGCCUGUCUGAGCUAUGGAAGUGGUCCUCAUGUUGUUGUUACUACUGCAGGUGUAUGCAUGGGGUUAUAAUAAUUCAGGACAGGUUGGAUCUGGUUCAACAGCUAAUCAGCCAAUUCCUCGAAGAGUUACCAGCUGCCUACAAAAUAAGAUCGCUGUUAAUAUAGCUUGUGGACAGAUGUGCUCAAUGGCUGUUGUAGAAAAUGGGGAGGUCUAUGUCUGGGGUUACAAUGGUAAUGGCCAGCUUGGAUUGGGUAGCAGUGGUAAUCAGCCAACACCCUGUAGAAUAGCUGCUUUGCAAGGCAUUCGUGUGCAGCGGGUUGCCUGUGGCUAUGCACAUACAUUAGUGCUAACAGAUGAAGGUCAGCUGUAUGCAUGGGGAGCCAAUUCAUAUGGUCAGUUAGGCACUGGCAAUAAAAGUAACCAGUCUUACCCUGCACCAGUUAUUGUUGAUAAGGACAGAGUUAUAGAAAUUGCAGCCUGCCAUUCUGCUCACACUUCUGCUGCUAAAACCCAGGGUGGCCAUGUGUAUAUGUGGGGUCAGUGCCGUGGCCAGUCUGUGAUUCUUCCACACCUUACGCACUUUGCCUGCACAGAUGAUGUGUUUGCUUGUUUUGCUACUCCUGCUGUGACAUGGCGUCUCCUAUCAGUAGAACCUGAUGACCACCUAACAGUAGCCCAAUCACUGAAGAAGGAAUUUGACAAUCCUGACACUGCAGACUUGAAGUUUCUAGUGGAUGGAAAAUAUAUUCAUGUUCAUAAAGUCCUUCUCAAAAUUAGGUGUGAGCAUUUUCGUUCCAUAUUAAAUAACAAUGAUGAUGAUAUUAUUGAAAUGAGUGAAUUCUCUUAUCAAGUUUACCGAGCCUUCCUGGAAUAUUUGUACACAGACAGCAUCAGUCUCCCACCUGAGGAUGCAAUAGGGCUGCUAGAUUUGGCAACAUUCUAUAGAGAAAAUAGAUUGAAAAAGCUUUGCCAGCAAACUAUCAAACAAAGCAUUUGUGAGGAGAAUGCAAUUGCUCUUUUUUCAGCUGCAGUCAAAUAUGAAGCUGAGGACUUAGAAGAAUUUUGCUUCAGGUUUUGUAUAAACCACUUGACUGUAGUUACACAAACUACAGGCUUUGCAGAAAUGGACCAUGACCUCUUGAAGAACUUCAUUAGCAAAGCAAGCAGAGUAGGAGCAUUUAAAAACUGAAGAAUGCUUGCUUCAAAGAAAGAUACUUUCAUCAUGGGAACAUUUCCUCUUUGAAAAACUUAUCAGCACUCAGAAUGCCUGGAAGAAAAGAGGACAACAUCCAUUAAAGUCAGUGUUAAUGUUGAUGGGCUGAUUUAAUAAGCUUCCAUGUAGCCUAAUGCACAAGCUUUGUGAAGAUGGGUAUGGUAUAGAAUAAACAAUAGAUAUAAACAAUCUGCCAACAACUUAGGUUUAAAAAAAAUCCUAAUGGAAUAAUUAAGUUUUCCUUUAAAAUCAAGUGGACUGUUCACUAUUUUCCAUUUAUAUUCCUUGUUUUCUCCCUUGAAAUAUUUUCAAAAACAGCUCUUUAACAUUUUCAUCUGAGUUUACUGGAUAGCAUGAAGCUGGUGGUUGCUAAAGCUUCAUUAUGCACCUUUAAGGUCAAUCAAAGUAAAUGUGCUACAAGAAGGUUCCUUUCUGGUUAAUUUAUCACCCCCUCUAGAGAAGUGUUGAGCUAGAAGCUUGUUUUGCUAAAUAUAGGAUAAAGGAAUAUAACAUGCAAAUUCCUCUUAAGAGCCCCUAAUAUAAAGAAAAAGCCACAGAAUGGAUACUUUGUAAAUUAGGAGCAGCCAAGGCUCAAGAGAAGGCUAUGCUGAAUUUAAGUAUGAAGGACUUAUUUUAAAGGGCUAGUUUUGAGUUCUUGGCUCUUAAAGUCAUUUUCUCGGAUGAAAAAUAAUUGGUUCUUUUUUCCAGGGACUUUACCUCCACCUUUCCAGUGGAACACUAACUUCUAAUUGGUUUUGUCAUGUAAUGAGUUAUUUCACUGUUUGUUUUGCUGCUCAGAAACACACCUCUUCACCUGCCAUGAAAAAGAAACUCAAUGAAAAGGAAUUAUCAAUUAACUUUUCUGCCAGUAUUUACAGAUAAGACAGGUGCUUGACAUGAAUUAUAUGUGUGGGAGGAGGGAUAGGGAAAGUUAUAAAUCAAUUCAAUGAUUAAAUAAGGAAAGUUAAACUGAAAGUCUUUUCAAGUGGUAACCAGGUGCCAUUCAAAUACUUCCUAAAGCAAUAGGUGGAGAAGGUUUCAGUAUGCUAAUUCUUACGUGGAAAGACUUUUGCACUGUGACACAGAAUGCUGAGAUUAUAAAAUGUUUAUCAGUUUUGGUUUCUGUUAUGGUAAAGAAGACUAAUUUGUAUGUAAAUUACUUAAUCUAAUUUCUGUUAAAAGAACUGGCUUCACAAACUGAUGGGCCAGUGGUUAGGACACCACCCUAGCCUUGCUCUGUCAUAGACAUCCUGUGUGCCCUUGGGCAUAUCUACACAGCAGCUGGGAGGUGUAAUUGCUAGUUCUGGUUCCAUACAUCUGGUUGCUCUGCUCCAGUUAGCACCUACAAAUUGCAGCGUGACCAUCCUGGGGUGACCCCAAAAACAGACUCACGGUACCACCAGAAUAGCUUUAUCUAUUGCCCCCUCCUAGAUUUAGCAGAGGUUCCCUAACAGGUAGUCUCCCAACUUUUACUUGGUUUCUGCAGGGUGAAAGGGAAUGACUUGGGUUUACUAGCAGUUCCUUUUUAGAAAAAUUCCUCAGAAUAUCUUAGACCAGUUACCCUUGGGAGGACUCGGAUACAGCCUAUCAAUAGCAUUGAUAGAUACACAGGCGGUACUUUUCCAAAAAAAGUAUCUUUUAUUACAGUAGCACACUGCUAAUCCCUGGCUACAAUGUAAUCUAAGCAUAAAGCGCUGGAAAUAAAUCCCUUAACACAAUUCCUUAAUACAGAUUUUAAAAUAUCCCAACUGCAAUGUCAUACAAUUAGAACAGUAUUAAGUGUUGCACCCUGCAUACGGUGAUCAGCAGUGUGCAGUCCUGACAGCAAUCUUAAAUCUUCAACUUUAUACAUAUGAAUGUUACAUUGUUUUAUAACACACACCUUUAUUAACCCAGACGUACAUACACAUGCUCAUUAAUCCUAUUUCUGUUCUGUAUUUGCACAAUACCUAGCAUGCUUACUUGCCGUAGGUAUCUUUCUCUCUGCUCUCUCAGGGUCCGUUCUGUUCUACACUGCUACCAAUUAAGAUACUUUUAUUUUAAUUCUGCCACAAUGUUUAGCUAAUGACAGCAAAGUGAUGUUUUUAGUGCUGUGCUUAGGAAACAGAAUAGCACAGCUCAAAAAUCUCUAGUAUUCCUGGAAUGAGCAGUGGCCUGGGCUAGUCAUCUGAGAAUAAUCCUACCCAAGCCCCUGAGUACGUACUUGGAUAGCUAGCCUGAGCUGCUGUGGCCACAGUUAUUUUUAGGCACUAGCUCAAGCAGAGCCAGUGCAUGUACAUCUACCCAAGCUGGCAAUAACAUCUCCCAGCUGCUGGGUACAGGUAUCCUUAGUCUAUGUCUCAGUUCUUCCUCUGUCAAAAGGGGAUAAUAGCACAUCCCUACCUCACAGGGGUUUUGUGAGGGUAAAUCUAUUAACUUGUGAGGUGCUUAGAAAUGAUGGUAUAGAAACCAGAUUCAACCCACCACUAGAAAUAGUCUUUAAUCUGCUGUGUCACUAACUAGUAGAGCUGGUCAAAAGUUUUUCUGAUGGAACUUUUAGCUGGAAUGGAAAAUGCCCUUUUGUAAAAACAAACACACCCGUUUCAUUUAGAAAUGGUUGAAAACGCAUUUUGAUGAGGCCAGAUUAUUAUUUUGGCACUUUUGGAACAAAAUGUUUCAACUUUUGAUUUUUGGGACCAUUGUUUUAUAAGAAAUUCUGAAACAGUAAAUGAAACAUUUUCAGCUGAGACUAAACAGGUUUUCAUAAAGUUCAGUGUGCAAGAAACUUCAAAAUCACAAUUGCCUGUGAAAUGAAAAUUUGGGCAUCUGCACUCCUCUACUAAAUAGUCUGCAUUCAGUGACUAAGGAAACAAGGCUGCAUUUGUAGAGGAGUCUCACAGGAAAACCAAUUCUGAGCAGUGUCCAUCACCCUUUAGUCUCUUUGCCCUAAGCAGCAUUUCAGUUUGCACACCAAGCUUGGGCUGUUUUCUUUCAGGCAGCUUUUUUAUUUUUGUAGUAGAGACCAUAUGGAACUAACUCUUUGAGAGAACUUUUCUGCAGUGAUGUCUGUUUUGAGGAUAAAAUGCAGAUGUCGUCAUUUGUUCAUUCAAUGAGGAUUUUAUGCAUUUAAUUCUUGACCUGGACAAUUUAAUAGUAUAUUUAUACACUGCUAUAUGCACACAUAGUAAAAAUAUAUUUAUUUAGCUUUCAUUCACAUUACUCAUUAAACAGCAACACAAGUUACUUUCCUUUGCACUUAAAGGUCAAGCCUUCAGAAGUGCACUGACUUGGUGUUGGAAACCAAAAUGCAUGUGUGUCUGUACAGGUGUGUGCUCGAACAGCAGUGUGAGGACACUAAAUCCAUCCUGGGCGGUAACAGUUUUAUAUUUUUUUUUGUUUUUGAUGAUUUGAGGAUGCUGCUGUCACCACUCCUAUUGAUCUUGGAAUUGGAUCCAUUGUUAGCCAGUAUUAAAUGCGUUUCCGGAGACUCCAGUUCAGACAGCAAUGAAAAAAUAUUUGUAGACAUUUGGGACUGUAAUCCUAGACAGGUGAGGUAUUCAUUCGAAAACUGGACUGAUGGCCUAAAAUAGCCUUGGACAGCUAAACAAGAGACUCCUCCAACUAACCACUGGGGAAAACAGUAAUAGUUAAUCAGAUAAGUUACGCUGACCUUUAAAACUCAUCAUAUCAGGAAAUAAGAGGACAUAAGGAAGGGACCCAGACAUAAAACUGCAGGGAGAAAAGGUCUCUAAUACUAUUGUUUGUCCAACUUUGGAUCCUUAAGGCAGGAUCCAGAAAUAUCAGAAAGGUCACUUUGAGUAUUUUGUACCUGGGGAAAAAAAAUCUGUCCCUGGAAAACACUUACUGUCUGAGUAAUUCAUACUCAGUGAGGUUCAAACUGACUUAACAGAUGACCAGCAGUGUAACUGUCCACUCAAACUGUGAGGGGAAAAAGUACUAGAAGAUGUUAAAAAUCUGAGGGCUAUAUGAAAGAAGCAGGGAUAGAAGACUGUGAAAAUAUAGAGCUCAUUAAAGUGGAGCCUAAAGAGCACCACUCUACCAAAAGCUGCAUCUGAGACCCGCCAUCGAAUGCAGCAUGUAGCCACAUAACUUCUCUGCCCAGGAAGCCUUCUGAUCUUGAGUAUCCUGCUUUAUCUUCUGAGCCUGUUUUCUUUAGCUCUUCCUAUUCAGAAGGAUCAUGGACUUUGGGUUCUACUUCUGAGAGAACGUUGAGAGAAUAGGUUAUUCCUCCUUGAUAACAAGUGCAGUAUGGCCUGGGAUGUCAGAUACGUCAGCUCAGACAACUUCUGACUCAUGGUUCAGUGGAGAGCAAUCAACAUCAUACUGUUCUGUUUGAUCUUCUGUACCACUCUGGACAGUAGUGGAAUUGGACAGAAGCUAUAAUAGAGAAUUGGGAUGACCAAUCCAAGGACAGAUAUCCACUGUUGCCACUUUCUGGAGGUCCUCUGUGGAGAGGUUUUGCAACUUUUGCUGACACGGAAUACUGUUUACUAAACCAAAAGGGACUAUUUGUCUCAUCCAGUUCCCAGUCCAACUGAGAAAUCUACGAGCAGAAGAGGCAUCAUGGUCCUGUGGAAGAAGAGAGCCCCGAACUGCAGAUUGUCUCCAUACUUUCUGCAAACACUUGCUCCAAUACUCCAGCUAGAAGACAUGCAAGUCUGUACUGGGAAGCAAGGGAGGACAGAAGACAUAUCAAAGUAGAGCUAUUGCUGGUGAAAUUCCAAGACAGAAUUUAGCAGAUGGAGAGAUGUUUUGAGCUCCAAUCUCUACAAUAGAUCCAGAUACUUGAAGGAACAUAGAUGGGAGUGGGCUCUCAAAUGAAAGUCUCCCUGCCUCCACUGACCAAUGAAAGGGGAGCCAGACCACACGUAAACUGUAGCAAUUUUUAGGGUCGUGGGGGGGGGGGUAAGACUGGCAGCUUUCCUUACACAAAAAUGAUGUCAUGGAAGGUCUUAGGGGUUUUUUGUGUGUGUUGUGGGGGGCCUGGAAGGGAGGCGGUAGUAGGGAGCAGUGGUACUCAAGAAUUUCUCCGAAAUCUGCCUCUAUACUAAAACCUUUUCCAGCCUAGAGUGUUAACUGCAGUUGCCUCUAAGACAACAUUGCUACUGGACCAACAGGCAGCUGGAAACACUUAUUCAUCAGAGCACCUCUGGUGGAUUGUAUUUUGGGUUUUGUAUAUGUAUUUUAUUUUUAUUUUUGUGUAUUAUAGCAUUUAUCUGCAACACCAACAGCUCCAAAAGAAACCAGCACAGCAACACUUAUUUACCAUUCACUGUACUGAACAUUUUAUUUCUGUAACUAACUUAGCAAGAUUAGAUCAGUUACCAAAUCAAUUUAAAUGCAACUCUUUUGAGGUUAAGUGCAAUUUUUACAACCGGUAAACCACACAUACAGUUGAAUAAUUUAAGAGAGGCUAAACAUUCGUUUUCACAUUCAGUAUUAAAGCUUUCAGUUCAAUACUCUUUUAUAGGUCAAACCCACGCAAGUUGUCACAAACAACAGCUGAAGGUCUGAAAAGAAAGUUAGCACUAAUCUGGCUGUAACACAAUGUAUGUCUUGCCCUCAAGCCUCACCAAAUCCCCCAGAUAUCCACCAUGAGAGUUCUAUUGUAUGUCCAGGGGAGUAUAUGGUAUGAUUCCUCCCUAUCCUCUUCAAAAAUGUGCCAUACAGCUCCAUAUGGUAGAUCCCAACUACAGACUAAGCACAUACUAUACAUCCCUUAAGAUCCCCUUUCUAUCCAAAAGCAAAUGAUAAAUUUACUACAACAAAUCUUUUGCAUAUUACUUAGAACCGUAUUAAGGCCAGUAUUUAUUUAGAAAGCUUCAGUCUAAGAAAAAUUUGUCAUGUUCAUACACUAUCUCCAGGAAAUGUCUAUCUAGGUCAGUUAGCACACUUGAAAUGGUGGCCCAGUAUUUCCAUUUUAAACUAGAUGGAAACUCCAAGACUGAGUAACAUAAUAAAUGUACCCAGUAAUUCCUGCUGUUACUGAAAUUAUGUACAUGUUUAGUAAGAUUUUUAUUUGGAGAAGUUGGCAGGCAGGGAAACAACCUUUUUUAUCCAAGAUUGUCAUUUCUACUUAUUUACUAUAGUAGACGAUACUUACUCAUUUCUGCAAGCUUUUGCUGGAAUUUGGACUCUCCAGGUAGGUGUUUGCUGCGGACAGAAAACAUUUAAUUGAAGCAAGUAGCAUGUUCUUUUUAUUUUUGUUUAAAUAAAGCAAGUUACUAACUGUGGUUAGUUCACGUCAGCUCCGUCACCACCUCUAUCUGGUUUCUUAUAAAAAAUGCAAACCUAGCCCUAGUAUUUUUUCCUGCAUACCAAAGCUGAUUCAAGAGUUGUUAGCUUUCUGAUACUCAAUUUUGCUAAGUUUGACCAAAGCCACUUGAGACAGUAGUUUAAUAUCCAAUUCUGGUCCAGCAGGAGACACUCUUGCUCCUGACACUAGAGAGGUUCAGAUUCAAGAAGCACUAGGCUAAAAUCUAUCACGAAAUAUUUUAUAUUAUUCCAUAUAUUAGGUGAGAGAGGUAAUAUCUUGUAUUCGACCAACUUCUGUUAGCGAGAGAGACAAGCUUUCGAACUUAUGCAGAACUCUUCUUCAGGUCUGGGAAACAAAACAAUGGAAAAUACUGAAUUUUGACAACACAGCUACAACGCUGCAUACGUACAUUAGCUAAGACAUAGUACCUCUGUAUGAUGGUAGCUUGUUUGCUUUGUUAUUAUUUUGCUAAACCUUAUGUUAUAGGCCUCCAGAAAUAAAAGUACAUAUAGCUUCAUGACAAGUUAAGAACUAUAUCCUACCUUCCAUCUGCCUCAUCCUGUCCUUCUAUAUCAAAGCGAAGUCUCUUCAGUGGUUUAGGAGCAGUGCUUACUUCAGCACUACGUUUCAGCUGACGGUCACUGCUACCCACCAUUUGGUUUAUUUUCUGAAACUUCUCAGAAGUCUGGGAUUACAAGACCAUAAAAAACAUUCCCCAUUAACUAUGUACAUUUUCCAGACUACUAGCCAAAAAUCAAUUUUUCAGAGUUCUAUAUAUCUGCUGUCUUUUAAGGGCUCUUUAAAACGUUCCCUAACUACCCUAAUAUAACAUAGAAGAUCUUUUAUAAAUUCAGGCUAUUUCAGAGAUGCUAGCAAGUGCCCCAGUAAUCUUUGUGUUUACAAAUUCCACAACACACUCAACUAAAGCAGUGACACUGACCAGUUCUACAAAACAGAAAACUGCACAUUCCUUCCAAUGUUUUUUAAAUAUAUACACAAGAUUUGACAUUCAAAAACUUUCACUCACCCCAAAUGAUUCACCAAUUGACACCAGGAUUCUGUCAAGACAAACAAGAUGACAACCUUUAAAGAUUAAGCCUUAUUUAUCAGUGAAAAGACAGAAACACUCACAAACUUGCAUAAUUUGGCAUGAAGACUAGUGAAGAGAACAUAUGCUUUUUAAGAAAUUGGCAUACUAAACUAAAGAAAUCACUCCUUUAUCUCUUAAAAAUAUGCUAAGCAUUCAAUGAGGGCAAAAUAUUCACCACAACCUUAAUUUCUUCUUAAAUUUUUACAAUUCUAGACAGAAUUGUAGAGGAAGUGCUGAACCACCAAAUUAGAAUCACCUUGAACUGCACGUGGAAGAGAAACUGUGGAAUGGAGAGAAUUAGAGGCCGGCUUAGUCCAUUCCAUGCUUUUUGACAGGAACACCCCGUUCUCAGUAGGUGGGUAGCCCAGACAUGCCCUUCCUUUGAUCAUUACCUUUAGAUGUUUGCUAACCAAUCAUAGCAGGAGUUUAACCUAAAACAAACAAUGAUAUUUGUAACUUUUUCAGUGUCCAUGCCCAUGCAAUCCUUGGCCUCUGUGCUGAGCCUUCCCACGAGGGGCCUGUUGUGAUGGUGUUCACUGGGCACUAGACUAAGACAACAAACUCAUUUUGCAUAGGCCAAACAGCCAGAGUGUGGCAAUGGAUGAUGUUCAAUUGCUACCAUCCCUGGCUGAAUCAAAAACUAGUAGCAUAAAGCUAGACUGCUGACCCAUUAUGAGUCCUCUGAGCCAUCAGUGCACAUGCUGGUUGCACUGAAGUAGUUCACAUUUUACAUGAAUAUGAUAUACAUAGUGAUAAUAUAUAACAAAUCAAAUGAGGUACAUCGAAGAAGAGAUGUUUCUAUUUCAUACUAAAUCCAUCUUCCAGUGGAUUGAUUGCCAACUAAAAGGCCUCAUUCUAAGUAAAGGUUGCAAAAUAGGGCUCAAACUUUGGACCAAAAGAAAGAGCUAUAGCCAUUGAUAUCUAACAAAAUCACAGUGUAUAAUUUCCUAACUUGCUUGAAUUAAAUACUUAUUUGUUACUGUCA